UUACCUACUCUUUUGUACUCCCACUACAGAAUUAGAUUGAUUUGUUUUCAGAAAAUGAUGGUUUCUUCAGUUUUUCUACUUUUUCAAACUUAGGUUAUAUUCAGAAGCUAAAUGAUUUUUUUAGAGAUAUAUUUUAAAGCUGAAGUGUGUUGCCUCUCUUUUUCCCUCUGACCUGCAGAUUUCUAUGUGACACACACCACAUUACACCUUAACAGUUAUGUUCCCAUAGCCCUCCUAUUGCCAAUACAAUGGAUGUGCAGAGAGCAAGAGGAGACAAAUUAAAUUUUACUCUUCAGAUUCCAACAUGACUACUCACAUGAGUCACUCUUUUGAUUAAAAUGUGUCACAAUAUUAUUUUACUUUAUUUGCCCCUGCUGAAAAAUAUCUGCAAAUACCCAUGGCUAAUACCCAUAACCAUUAUCCCACAGAGCGCUCCACCAUAUAAAUUCCUUUACCACUAGUACCCCUUCACAAAUAUUUCUUAGGCACCAUUAACCAUUACUUUUAUUAUCUAAAAUUGCUAAAUAUAUAAUUUAUUUGAUAUUGCUCAUUGCACUAUAGUGUAAAAUAUAUUUCUAUCCUAAUCAUAUAGUGGCUAAUUAGAUAUAAUAUUUAACAUCUUCCUUGAUUUGAUUAAUAGAAUAUAGAGCACAAUGAAUUGCAAUAAUUUCUAUAAGUGAAUAAUGAAAGUCUAUUGUAAAAUCAUUAAAUAUCUACUAAUUAUUGAUUAAUUAUUGAUCUGUUCAAAUAUUAUAUUGAUUUUAUAAUGGUCAGUUUACUUUAUUCUUCAUUAGAUAUUGGAGUACACCUGCACUUUCCUUGAAAGGAAGUAUUUGUACGUGUGCAAUUGUUUCAAAAUGAUUUGUCAGCCGUCUCUAAUGUUUAAAUUAAACAAAAAACAUUCAGCCAUAUGUGAAACAUUUAACACAAAUCUGUCCACAUGAUCAGCUGUGUCACAAUGAUUGCAUCCAAUGCAUUCUUACAGUGCUCAAUGAAGCUGAAAAAGCUAUAAAAUGCUUUGUGCAUAAGCACUUAGUCUCAUCAUCAGGGCUACGGAGAAUCCCAAAGUUGCUGCACAGCAAGUAGCAUUCAUACCCAUCUCUAGAGAUACACUUCAAGAAUAAUCAUGAAGAGCAUGUAUUGUAUCGUGGGCCUUCUUUUUAUGCUACUACAGCGCAGCUGGCAAAGUCCCAUUCAAGAAGCAGAAGACAGGUCAAAAUCAGUCAAAGCUGCAAGGAGUGAACCACUAGAAGAACCAGAACAACUCAAUGAAGUUAAACGUCAUUCACAGGGCACAUUUACUAGUGAUUACAGCAAAUAUCUUGACUCCAGGCGUGCUCAAGAUUUUGUCCAGUGGUUAAUGAACUCAAAAAGAAGCGGAGGAUUAUCAAGGCGCAAUGCUGACUAUGAAAGACAUGCAGAAGGUACAUACACCAACGAUGUAACCAAAUACUUGGAAGACAAAGCAGCUAAAGAAUUUAUUGACUGGCUGAUAAAAGGAGGUCCUCAAAAAGAGAAGUUUUCAAGGCGUAAUGCUAUUUUUGAAAGACACGCAGAAGGAACCUUUACCAAUGAUAUGACUAGCUACCUGGAAGAAAAAGCAGCCAAAGAAUUUGUUGAUUGGUUAAUUAAAGGCAGACCAAAAAGGAACUUCUCUGAAGUUACGAGUGCUGAAGAAAUGGGCAGAAGGCAUGCUGAUGGCAGCUUUACCAAUGACAUCAAUAAGGUGUUAGAUGUUAUUGCUGCACAAGAGUUCAUAGAUUGGAUAAUUAACACCAAAGUAACCGAGAGGGAUCUUUUGGAGGGACAAUAACAUAAAGAAUAAGUUUUCAACAAAGAAUCCCCCGAUUGUCACCUGGAAAUGUUGAAUUUGUGUUCUUUAAAAUCUAGCAGGUGUAUCAUGAAGCCAUACAAUAUAGCUUUGCAUGCGAAGAAAAGGAAAAUUCUCAAUAGUGUUUUCUUGCUAGGAGUUACACAAAUAAUAGACUAUUUUCAAAUGCACAUGUAACAUGAAAGGUUUAACUCUUUCGCUAACAGCUGGGCUUGCAUCACAUGUCCUACUGAAGCUACGAGGGCUUAAAUCCAAAAGUGCCAUUUUAUCACCCAAUUAUUUGAAGUAAAGAAAAAAAAAAAAAAGAAAAAAAAUCAAAGAAAAAAAUAAAAGAAAACAAUAAGCCUAAGAGAAACAGAACUUGUUUUAAAUUAAAAGAAAAUAACUUAUUUUUCUAUAAAGUUGAAUUGUAUAUAAAAGUUACUCCAUUAAUUGGUGUCAGAAAAAUAUAUUACCCUGUUUGAAACAUUUAUUAUACAAAUGCUAAGCUUUCAUAUUUACUAGUAGCCUUAAAUAAAGUUUUUGAAGCUUCA